GUCAACAGUCGCUUUGCUCCGAGUCCGCAAAUUCUAGCUGCGGUGCGGCCCGUGUCGCUGGUUCUUCGUCCAGCGCAAGGAACCCGACAGGUUCAGGCAAGAUAUUAUCCCAUCAAAUAACGUCAAUGUGUUGAGGCUCUGGCGCUCAGACCCACACUUCAACUCCAAUCCUCGUAUGACGCCUUUUCUAGUGGCGGAGUUUGAGGGUUUCAUGCGCCGGAGGAAGAGAUAACAGAACGUUUUCUACGCCCGAAUAUCACCAUCUCCAACUCAACCUCUUCUGAAUCUCAACCUUGUCUGUCCCAAUGGCUUCUAAGACUCUCAAACUGAAAGCACCCAAUGGUAGAGAGUGGGAACAACCAACAGGGCUGUUCAUCGACAAUGAGUUUGUUGAUUCAUCCGAUCCGGCCAAUACCAUCUCCUCCAUAGACCCUGCAACAGAAGAAGAAAUUGCUCUGGUUCAGGCUGCGACUUCUCAAGAUGUGGAUCGCGCGGUAAGGGCAGCAAAGAAAGCCCUGAAGAGUCCAGAAUGGAAGCUGUUAUCUAAUACAGAUCGUGGAAGAUUGAUGUUCAAACUCGCCGACUUGAUAGAGGAGAACAAAGAGAUUCUGGCAACUAUAGAUGCUUGGGACAAUGGCAAACCGUACAAUGUAGCCAUGACCGACGAUAUUCCAGAAGCAUUCUCAACGAUGCGUUACUAUGGCGGAUGGGCCGACAAGAUCUCCGGUCAGACGAUAGGCACGACUCCACAGAAGUUUGCAUAUACAAUCCGGCAGCCCCUUGGAGUCAUCGCCCAGAUCAUCCCCUGGAACUACCCUCUCUCUAUGGCUUGUUGGAAGCUCGGCCCAGCGCUGGCAUGCGGAAACACGAUUGUCUUGAAAGCGGCUGAGCAAACGCCCUUGUCCAUUCUCGUCUUGGCAAGACUCAUUAAACAAGCCGGAUUCCCACCUGGAGUUGUCAAUAUCAUCAACGGGCUCGGAAAGGAGGCCGGGGCUGCUUUGGUACAACAUCCAUUAGUCGACAAGAUCGCCUUCACGGGAUCUACACCUACUGCUAGUCAGAUCAUGAAGAUCGCUGCUGUGGGGCUGAAGAACGUGACUCUUGAAACUGGGGGCAAAUCGCCGUUGAUCGUGUUUGACGACGCAGACAUGGAGCAAGCCGUCCGCUGGUCACACUAUGGUGUGAUGUCCAACCAGGGACAGAUAUGCACGGCCACGUCCCGCAUCUUGGUCCAAGAGUCCGUGUAUGAACGAUUUCUUUCCCAAUUCCGUGAACAAACCAAGACAAUGUCUGUCAUAGGUGACCAAUGGAGCGAAGAAACCUUUCAAGGUCCUCAAGUGACCAAACAACAGUAUGAGAGAAUUCUGUCAUAUAUUGAGAUCGGCAAAUCUGAAGGAGCCAAAUUGGUUGAAGGGGGAGAGGCCUGUCCAGGAAGUGGCUUCUACGUCAAGCCAACGGUAUUCACUGAGGUUUCACCAAGCAUGCGAAUUUACAAAGAAGAAGUCUUCGGACCGUUUGUGGUCAUCGCUACCUUUUCAAGCGAAGAAGAAGCCAUCGAUAUGGCUAACGAUUCAAUCUACGGUCUCGGAGCUGCAAUCUUCACCAAAGACCUUGAAAGAGCUCAUCGUGUUUCUGCGGAGAUUGAAGCAGGAAUGGUCUGGGUCAACAGCAGUCAGGAUUGUGACUACAGAGUACCGUUCGGAGGCGUGAAACAAUCCGGGAUAGGGCGCGAGCUAGGCGAAGCAGGAUUGGAGGCUUACUCUCAGAUCAAGGCUGUACAUGUGAAUUUGGGUAACAAGUUGUGAAAAUCUGGCAAGAAAGCGACAAUCCUGGAUUUUGCGUAGUUCUAGUCAAUGCGAGAUCAGGUUUCUCUUGAAACUUUGACACGAAAAGUGACCCGUUGUGCUACAAACUUGAUCCAACAUGACUGAUCAUGGCCAGGUAGAUGACCGGAU